AUGAAUGUUCAAGGAUCUUACAAUGGUGUUAAAUUUAUAUCAUUCUGGUGCACCCUUCCGGCAAAUAUCAUAACCAUUAUUGUUUUCACGCGCAAGAAACUUAGAUCAUCUACUAGUAUAUUUCUUCUGAACCUAGCUAUCACCGACAUCAUUAAGAUAUCUUGGCUGAUUGUCACGGUUGCGAUAGAGCGGUACCUGUUUGUUUGUCAUUCCACUAAGGCGAAGACCAUAUGCACUAUACCUCGUGCUUUUUGUUUGUCAAAUGCUAUUGCAUUGGCUUCCUUUGGAACAUCAAGUCCUUACUUGUUUAAAUAUCAACAUCGCAUCGUGUAUGCAUCGAAUGGAACAAGCCAAACUUUAGAGAUCUCAAAUUUGUGGAAAAACGAGAUGUUUUCAACAGCAUUCAAUAUUUUUCAUUACGCUUUUAGAUCAGUAGUUCCAAUCAUUCUGUUGGUUGUCUUCAGCUUAUUAAUAAUAAAAAGAUUACGUCAAUGUCGGUUCAAAAGUCGAAAACGGAGAACUGUUUUGUGUUUACUGAUGGUCAUAAUAUCGUUUGUCAUCUGUGCUACUCCUGAUACGGUCCUGUCUGCAGUGUUACGAACGGGAUACCGAGAAGCAUCUUAUCUGGUCAGAGGAAUACGGGAAAUCACAGAUUUUCUUUUAUUGUUGAACACUGGGUUCAAUUUUAUAAUUUAUUCUGCCUUUAAUACUAGAUUCCGUAAAACUUUGAAAGAAAUAGUCGCAAGAAGAGGACACAGUCAAAAACUCUGAUUUGGAAACAAACAAGAACCGAAACAUAAAGACCAUUAUUAAUUUAGUUUCUUUAGUUUUGUCAAUUUAUUUUUGUACAACGUGUUUAUUAUACAUCGAUCGUCUUUAAA